GGAGGCAUGCGUGAUGGAGUUCUUGUUAGUGCAGCAAAUAUUUAUUAUUGAUAAUAAUAUAAUUAUUUCUCUGAUAAGUACUUUUAAUACUGACAUGCACUUUUAGUCUAUUUAAAAGUCUAUUUAAAAAUCUGCAAGGAUGGAGCAAGGAUUAGAGAUGUCAGCAAUGAUUCCGGCUUUGCAAGAGCUAGCAAGUGCCAGUUCAGUGGAGUACAACCAUGCUGUGCAGAAACCACGUCAAAUUUUAUGUCAGUUCAUUGACAGAAUACUGACUGAUGUUGAUGUUGUCGCUUUGGAAUUGUGCAAAAAGACUAAUUCUGAACCAGCCAGUGUUAUGCUUUUGGAUUUCGUUCAGCACAUUAUUAAGUCCUCAUCGUUAAUGUUCAUAAACCCAGCAUGUCAGUCGGAAAAGUUCAGAGAUGUGGAAAACAGUUGCACUGAUUUCAGUAAAUGGAUCAUUGUCCGCCUACUGCGAAUUGCCGCCACCCCAGAAUGUGAGAUUCUUCAUGAGAAGAUUGCCUUAGUUAUCUGUUCCUUGCUUCAGCUCUUCAGGGCUAAGGGUCCAGUGACAUUUGGCCUGUUGGGCAGAGAGCUCAUAUGUUUGACCCAGGAUGUGAUGUGUGUGAGCACCAGACAACCGCAGGUGCUUGCAGACACACCCCAACCAUGGUGGCCUGUACCUGUGGAGCACUUCCGUGUUGUGCCCGCUGACACUGCUCUUUAUCUGACUCCUACUGCCCUCCAGCUGUCCUCGAGGGCAUCAGCCCAUGCACUUCUAGCAACCACGCUCACGGUCCUUACCAACAUCCUACAAGGGAUCUUCUUCCCAAGGGAAGUGGGGAGAAUAUUGGAAGCUGCCUGUUUCGUCCUGUCCACCGGUAGCGCCAGACUAAGGGCUGUUGGCAUGGAGCUGCUUGGUCGCAUCAUCACUUUUGGGGGAUUCCCAGAGGACCACUCACAGACUUUCUUUGCUGCUUAUUUGUACCUCCUGGACUCCUUUGCUGCCUGGAACCACUCCGACCUCACUGUGUGCGGCAAAGCAUUCCAGAAGCUCUCCCGGUGUGUGUUCAUCCCAGAGAAGGGCACACACAGCAGGUUUGAGAGGGUUCAUCUCAACAUGCUAAUGGAGAGGCUACACACGCUCGUACUCAGUGGGGUCUUGGAGCGGAUCAAGGUCACUGAGGUAAGGGGGACGCUGUGUGAGAUCUUCUGCUUCAUCCUGGAGUUUGUCCCCUUGGGAUAUGAGUCUGCUGCUGCAAUCCGGAAAGAGAGGGUGACAGCAAUCUGCAAAGCCAUGGUUCAUUCUGUUGGAGUUCUGAGAGGCCAGGAGUAUGUGGAGGGUUAUCUCUGUGCUGCUCUCAAAGCAGAGGGUCUUGCUAUUCUCCAAGAUGCCCAGAGCAAUAUCGGUGACUCAGAGGAGCCUAGUGAUGAUGAGGAGGAGAUUCCAGCUAAGAAAUUAAAUCUCACCUCCCCAGCCUCGUCAGGGAGGGAGACAAGAACCCAGCCUGUUCAGGUGGACAUGAAGAGCAGGAGUGAGGUGUGGGCCGCCGUGGUUGACCGACUGGGGGAGCUCCAGUACCAGCUCCGGGAACCUGAAGCUCCGUGCGUGACCCUAAUUGAGGGUUUAGCGCUCAUUGUCCACCUGGCUGCUGUCUGCUCCAACGGCCGCGGCACGCCGUCGCCUAAUGAGAAGACUGCAGGGCCUGCCGGUGCCACAGACCCAGCCCAGCUGGUCUGGCUGAACCCUAGAUCUCUGACUCAGGUAGUGGAGAGCUGUCGCACAUCCUUGGCCAACACUACUUGGAGUGCCAACUUGGAGCCACUGGUGGACAGUACUGUCAGGAUCCUUGAUGCCAUCCUCUAUCUGACUAUCAACAGUAAGACUGAUUCCAGCCUCUACUGCACUGUGUGCGCCCUGCUGUCGAUUCCUUGGAUGACGGACCACUCUUCCCCCUCGGCGUACCAGUCAGCCUCUUUCCCUCCAGCUUUGACCGGGCUGGCUCAGAAACUAGCACCUGCUUACUCCCCACAAACCCGAGCCCACUGUGUGUUCCUUCUCGCCCUGCUCCCUGGGGAAGUGUGUGUGGACUGGCGCGCUACAGUGUACCGCUGGGCUCUGCAGGACAACAGCGAGACAGAGCGGGCUGGUGCUGUCAGAGGCUUCCCCAUCCUGCUCCAUCAGCUUGGGGUCAAAUCAUAUGGUCUCAUCAUUGAAGAUCUAAUGAACAGGCUCCAGGACGGCUCCACCCGGGUGAAGGUGGAGAUGGCUUCCAUCACAGGCCCACUGGUCUGUUGUCUGGCCAAGAGCUCUCGCCUCCAGCUUCCUGAGGAGACAUCUCCAGCUGACAUGUUCCUUAGCUCUCGCAUCUGUGUCUCCGCCACGCUCUCCGAGCGGCCAGCCCCCAUCAGAGCCUCUGUCCUCACACCUUUCCUCCAACUGCUUAAAUCUACUGAAGACUGCAAGGUCAAACAAGCAUUUAUAGUGAACAUACGUCAAAUAUGUAAGCAUAUAGACUUGGCUUGCAGUGACCCAGACACUAAAUCACUGCUCAGUGCCCUGGUCAACCUCAUAGAGGACCCACAACAGGAUGUGCGGUUGGUCUUCAGCCAGAACAUCAAGAACCUUCUGGAAUCAUGGAAUGGAGAUGGCUUCCUGAAGGAGCUUCUGGUUUCCAGGUUAAAAGAGGCCUACACAAAUGCAAAGACAACCAGAAACAAUGAAUUGAAAAACACUCUUAUACUGACCACAGGCGAGAUUGGGAGAGCAGCUGAGGGGAACCUGGUGUCCUUUGCCCUUCUGCGGCUUCUGCACUGCCUGCUGUCCAGGUCCACCCAGGUGUCUGUGGUGGCCUACACUGAGAUCCAGGCACUAGCCACUUCCAGAGGCCUCAAGCUACAGUCCUUCUUCAACCAGUACAGGAACCCUGUCUGCCAGUUUCUUGUGGAGUCGCUGCAUGCACGUCACGUCACAGCCCUACGCUCUACGCCCGACCAGAGCAGCGAGGCCCUGCUGGAGGAGGCCGCCCACCAGAGGGAGAUGGCCCUGGACAUCCUCUCCCAUGUGGCCCAUGUCUUUGACUUCCCAGACCUGAACCGCUUCCUCAACCGUACUCUGCAGGUACUCCUGCCCUACCUGGCAGCCAAGGCCAGCCCCACGGCCUCUGCCCUCAUCCGCACCAUCGCCAAACAGCUGAAUGUCAACCGCAGGGAGAUCCUCAUCAGCAACUUUAAAUACAUCUUUUCCCACCUGGUGUGCUCCUGUACAAAGGAAGAGUUGGAAAGGGCCUUCCAUUACUUGAAGAACGAGACAGAGAUUGAGCUGGGGAGUUUGCUCAGGCAGGACUUCCAGGGCCUCCACAAUGAGCUUCUCCUGAGGCUAGGAGAGCACUAUCAGCAGGUCUUUAAUGGACUGGCCAUCCUGGCCUCCUUUGCUUCCAAUGACGAUCCUUACCAGGGACCUCGGGAGAUCACCACUCCUGAACACAUGGCUUAUUAUCUCCAGCCGAAACUACUGGGCAUCCUGGCUUUCUUCAAUAUGCAGCUUCUGAGCUCCAGUGCUGGAGAGAAGGACAGGAAGAAGAUGGCCUUGAACAGUCUGGUGGCUCUGAUGAAGAUGAUGGGUUCGAAGCACAUCAGCUCAGUAAGGGUGAAGAUGAUGACUACUCUUAGAACUGGCCUGAGGUACAAGGAGGACUUCCCAGAACUCUGCUGCCAAACCUGGGACUGUUUCGUGCGCUGUCUCGAUUCGUCGUAUCUGGGCCCGCUACUCAGUCACGUGAUUGUUGCACUCUUACCCCUCAUCUCCAUCCAGCCUAAAGAGACAGCUGCCAUUAUGCACUACCUCAUAGUGGAGAACAGGAAGGAAGUAGAAGACUUUCUCCAUGAAAUUUACUUCCUUCCCGACCACCCAGAGCUGAAGGAUGUCAACAAGGUCCUCCAAGACUACCGGAAGCAAACCUCAAAGAGCACAGACUUGCAGACAGCUCUCCAGCUCUCUAUGCGUGCCAUCCAGCACGAGAACGUGGACGUCCGCAUCCAUGCUCUCACCAGCCUGAAGGAGAUGAUGUACAAGAACCAGGGCGCUCUGCUGAAGCGCGUGCUGGACAGCGAGACGGUAGAGCCGGUGAUCUCGCAGUUGGUGACUGCGCUGCUGCGUGGCUGCCAGGACGUGAAUCCCGAGGCCAGGCUGCUGUGCGGCGAGUGUCUGGGCGAGCUGGGCGCCAUCGACCCUGGGCGCCUGGACCUGGCCACAGCUGACACGCGCGGUGCUGGCUCUGUGUUUGUGAGCGGCAUCGAUGACCCGAACUUUGCCUUCGGGCUACUGACCGAGCUCACCAGGACAUUUUUGGCAUACGCAGACAACGUGCGGGCACAGGAUGCUGCGGCUUAUGCCAUGCAGGAACUGCUGUCUAUAUUCGAGUGUCGGGAGGGCCGCACAGAUUCUCCAGGCCGGCGCCUCUGGAGAAGGUUUCCAGAACAGGUCCAAGAGAUUCUGGAGCCACACCUAAACAGCAGGUACAAGAGCUCCCAGAAAGUGGUUAAAUGGUCCAAGCUGACGAAGCCCAUAUAUCUCAGUAGCUGCGGCAGUAAAUUCUCGGACUGGUCGGCUACGUGGGCAGGGUACCUCAUCAGCAAGGUCAGGCACGAGCUGGCCAGCAAGGUGUUUAACUGCUGCAGCUUCAUUAUCAAGCAUGAUUACAGAGUGACCAUCUACCUGCUGCCCCACAUCCUGGUCUACGUGCUGCUGGGGUCCACGCCAGAGGAACAGCAAGAGGUGACGGAAGAGAUAAUGGCCGUGCUGAAGGAGGAUGACAUGCGGCUAUCGCGGCUGCAGGAGCAUGCCUCCGGCCUGUGCCAGCUCAGCACACAAACUGUCUUCUCUGUGCUGGACCAUCUGACCCAGUGGGGACGGCACAAGCUGCAGACCCUGAGUGCUGCCAAAAGCUCGGGCCGCUUCGUCCGUGAGCAGCACCAGCUGCGUGAUGCAGGGGUGGAUGUGGAGAACAGCGAGUAUCAGUGUGUGGUGGCCUUCCUGAACCACAUCCCCGAGGACGUGCUGGCCAAGGCAUCAUUCCGCUCCAGAGCAUACACGCGUGCCGUCAUGCACUUCGAGUCCUUCAUCAGGGAGAAGAAGCAGAACAUUCAGGAUCAUCUCACCUUCCUGCAGGCGCUGUAUGCUGCCAUGCAUGAGCCCGAUGGCGUGAGGGGGGUCUACGCCCUGAGGAAAGAGGAACCAUCACUGCGAGAGCAGAUCCUUGAGCAUGAGAGUAUAGGCCUGCUGCGAGAGUCUACAGCCUGCUACGACCGGGCCAUGCAGCUGGAACCUGACCAGAUAAUGCAUUACCAUGGAGUGAUGAACUCCAUGUUGGGUCUUGGGCAACUUUCUACUGUUAUGACCCAAGUCAAUGGAGUAUUGGCAAACAGACCUCGGUGGAAAUCGGACCUGAACACCUAUCGCGUGGAGGCAGCAUGGAAGCUGUCAAAGUGGGAUUUGGUAGAGGACUACCUGGCAUCUGAUAAGAAAUCCAACACGUGGGGUGUGCGGCUGGGUCAGAUGCUGCUGGCUGCCAAGAAGCAGGAGUCUGAGUGCUUCUAUGAAAAGCUAAAGCUUGCCAGAAAAGAGCAGGUGGUCCCUCUUUCAGCUGCCAGUUUUGAGUGUGGGACCUACCAGAGAGGAUAUGAAUACAUAGUCAGGCUGCACAUGCUGAGCGAGCUAGAGCAUGCCUUCACUGAGCUGCAGAACGAAAGUGGAGGAGCGGGAGACAUGAGGACCCCGGAGCUGAUGCUCAGCUGGGAUGCUCGCCUCCUCAUGAUGCAGAAUUCCUUCAGGGCCAAAGAGCCAAUCCUGGCUCUGCGCCGGGCCCUGCUAAGCCUCAGCAAAGGGGCUUUGUAUGAGGAGCAGGUAGGGGAGUGCUGGCUUCAGAGCGCCAGAGUUGCCCGGAGAGCUGGCCAUCACCAGACAGCCUUCAACGCCCUCCUGAACGCUGAGAACUCCCACCUCUCUGAGCUCUUUGUGGAGAAGGCCAAGUGGCUCUGGUCCAAGGGCGACGUACAUCAGGCCCUGAUUGUGCUGCAGAAGGGGGUGAAGCAGUGUUUCCCAGAGGAACAACUCCCCACUGACCCCAAGAGGAUCCAGAUUAAAGGGAAAGCCCUGCUGCUGGUCGGCAGAUACAUGGAAGAGACGGCCAACUCGGAGAGCAAUGCGAUCAUGAAGAUCUACAGGGAGGUCACUACGCUUUUACCGGAGUGGGAAGAUGGGAACUUUUACCUAGCAAAGUACUAUGACAAACUGAUGCCAAUGAUCACCGACAACAAAAUGGAGAAGCAGGGAAACCUCAUCCGCUACAUUGUCACUUAUUUUGGAAAAGCACUUCAGUUUGGGAACCAGUACAUCUACCAGGCCAUGCCCAGAAUGCUCACACUCUGGCUUGAUUUCGGAGCUAAAGUUUACGAUGUAGAAAAAGCCGGCCGGUCAGACCGGGUACAGCUACGGGCGGACUUGAGCAAGAUCAACGCGGUGAUCAGCGAGCACACCGGCAACCUUUCGCCCUACCAGUUCCUCACCGCCUUCUCCCAGCUCAUCUCCCGCAUCUGUCACUCCAACGACGACGUGUUCGCCGUGCUCACUGAGAUCAUCGCCAAAGUGUUCCUAGCCUACCCACAGCAGGCAAUGUGGAUGAUGGCUGCAGUGUCAAAGUCUUCCUACCCUACCCGUAUGAACAGAUGUAAGGAGAUCUUGAAGAAAGCCGUCAACCUAAAAGGCACCUUUGGGAAAUUCAUUGGAGAUGCCAACAGACUGACAGACAAGCUGGUUGAGCUCUGCAACAAAGCGGUGGAUUCGAGUGGCUCCACUCUAAGCAUGAGUGUGCACUUUAAAAUGCUGAAGAGGCUGGUCGAGGAGCCUAGCUUCAGCGAGAUACUCAUCCCCCUGCAAUCUGUACUCAUUCCCACCCUGCCCUCCACCGGAGGUGCCAACCCCAACCACGACGCUUUCCCGGGUCACUGGGUCUACCUCGCUGGCUUCGAUGACACCGUGGAGAUCCUGGCAUCGCUUCAGAAGCCGAAGAAGAUUUCCCUGAAGGGCUCAGACGGGAAGUUCUACACCAUGAUGUGCAAGCCCAAAGAUGACCUAAGGAAAGACUGCAGGCUCAUGGAGUUCAACUGUCUAAUUAACAAGUGCCUGAGGAAGGAUGCGGAGUCGAGGAGGAGGGACCUUCACAUACGCACAUAUGCGGUCAUCCCUUUAAACGAGGAGUGCGGCAUCAUUGAGUGGGUGAACAACACAGCCGGCCUUCGCCACAUCCUCACCAAACUCUACAAAGAGAAAGGGCUGUACAUGACUGGUAAGGAGCUGCGGAAGAUGAUUUUGCCCAAAACAGCCUCCCUUCAGGAGAAGCUGAGGUUGCACAAAGAUGUACUGUGUGCUAGACAUCCUCCUGUGUUUCACGAAUGGUUUCUGAGGACUUUCCCGGACCCCACCUCAUGGUACAACAGCAGGUCUGCUUACUGCCGCUCCACUGCUGUCAUGUCCAUGGUGGGCUACAUCCUGGGCCUUGGCGAUCGCCACGGAGAAAACAUUCUGUUCGACUCUCUCACUGGAGAGUGUGUCCAUGUGGAUUUCAACUGCCUGUUCAACAAGGGAGAGACGUUUGACGUUCCGGAGGUGGUGCCAUUCCGUCUGACGCAGAACAUGGUGCACGCGAUGGGACCAAUGGGGACGGAGGGCCUGUUCCGUCAGGCCUGCGAGGUCACGCUGCGACUCAUGAGAGACCAGAGAGAACCACUCAUGAGUGUGCUGAAGACAUUCCUGCAUGACCCAUUGGUGGAGUGGAGUAAACCUGUGAAGGGCCCCUCGAAGACACAAGCCAAUGAAUCUGGGGAAAUUGUCAAUGAGAAGGCUAAGACUCAUGUUCUGGACAUUGACCAGCGGCUGCAGGGGGUGAUCAAAAACAGGAACAAGGUGAUGGGCCUGCCUCUGUCCAUCGAGGGUCACGUGCACUAUCUCAUUCAGGAAGCCACAGAUGACAACCUCUUGUGCCUCAUGUAUCUCGGCUGGGGCCCUUACCUCUGACAAACUUGAUUGCACUUCAGACAAAUGUAUAAGAGUUCAGUUUUGAAGUUUCUCUUGCUUCUUUUGUAGAAUGACACUGUUGUUUCCAUUUUUUGAUCAUCUUCUGGCUGCCAUGCGUUUUUCUUAUAACAAAUAAACUGAACUUUGUUAUA